CAACGGAUUAUUCUCCGCCUCUUCUUCCUAGGCAAGCAUGGUUGGGCAGGGCGCCGCGGGAGGAAGGCCGUACGCCUGCGCAGGUCCCGGCUGGCUGCGCUUGCGCACAAGGUUAGAGGCGUCCGCGCGGGAGGGUGGAACGUUAAAAGGCAAGGGGAAGACAAACGCGCGUGCGCACAAGCGGUCGCCAGCGGUUAGGUGAAUGAGGCCUUCCAGGCGGCGGUCGUUGCAGUUCCUGCCGCCGCACCCGAGAGGCAUGAGUUCCAGCCCUGUUCAGAUGGAGCCAGACUUAAACCCCCAGGAAGAGAAGCAGCAUCGGAAAAGUGCUUCAAGAAGAUCUUCACAAACGCCACGAGAAGACCUCGACGGCCCUCCAGCCACGUCUUUUAAACCUCUGUGUCCUGCUAAGCCUUCCCCCAGUUUUCUCGAAUUGCCCUCGACUCAGUGGAGGCCCAAUCCAGUCCUGCCACACCCCGGGACCUCACGGACGGGGAAAGGAAAGCGCAAUUUUGCUCCAGACCACCAGCCUCAGGAAUGCUUCGGCCUCCUUGAAUGCCUGCACAAUAACAUGCUGGUGCAGACCCAGAUCGCGCAGGAGCAGCUGGCGCUCCUGCAGGACAUCCGGGAGUCCAUGGACCUCCUGAUCUCCCAGCAGGACCAGCAGAACGGAGAACUGCGGAGCCAGCUGGGGCAGCGCGUCCCCAGGGACCCAGCCUCCUCAUCCCACCCAGGCAGCUAGCAGGGAACGCUCAGGCCUCUCUCUUCCACGCAGGCCGUCCGCGGGCAGCUGCGGGCCUCCUGGGCAAGACGUUGCUCCAGCACGCGGCAGUGCCCGCCAUGCAAGAUUUUGUGCCAUGGGGCUGGCUGGCAGUUCAAGCUGCGCGAUGCAAAUAAAGUGCUUGUUGUAUUUUUGCCCUGUGGCUGUUUUGCUUCCACCAGAAAUCCGCUUUUGAUCCAAAAGGCACAAAAUCCUUUUCGCUGGAUUAAUUCUGAAUUAAGUGAAUUUUUGGGAAACAGAACACAUUGAAAGUUUGGUCUAGUGCACCCAGCUAGAAACCAGGACGCAGUGAGUUCUAGGCCUGCCUUAGGCACGAAAGCCAAUUGGGUGACUUUGGGCUAUA